UCAUAAGCGCACAUCACAUUCCAACUUUAAUUUGUUUCAAAUCCCAAAAGAAACUCUUUGUCACCCCUCCACAUAAAAUAAAAACUAUUUACGCACAACAAAAUGGGUAAGGACCAGGAAUUUCUCGAGGCUGCCCGCAGUGGCAAUAUUUCAUAUAUCGAAAAAGUACUUAAUCAGAAAGCCAAACGUGCUGGUCCACUGGCAAGUUUAAGGCGUGGUACUGGAGUCAAUGUACAAGACAGUGGAGGCUACUCAGCGUUACAUCAUGCCUGCAUAAAUGGACAUACUGAUAUAGUGAAAUUACUACUGGCACAUGAAGCCUCACCAAAUUUACCCGAUAUGAGAGGAUCAUCGGCCCUGCAUUUGGCCUCAUGGGCGGGUGAAGAAGAAAUUGUCAAGAUGCUAUUAACACAUCCCUAUAGACCAGCAAAUCCUAAUCUACAGACCAUAGAAAAAGAGACACCUUUACACUGUGCCAGUCAACAUGGUCACACGGAAGUACUAUCGAUGUUAUUGGCUCAUGAAGCCGAUCCUAAUAUGAGAAAUACCAGAGGUGAAACACCUCUAGAUCUUGCCUGUCAAUAUGGACGUUUGCAGGCAGUACAAAUGCUUAUACGCGCCCAUCCUGAAUUAAUAGCUUCCUAUACGAAACAAGCUACUGAAAAUCAAGUUAACAAUAGAUCACGACACUCUUCACCUUUACCACACUCUGGUUCAAUAUCAACACCAUCGCCCUCCUCACCAUCGGUUCUAUCAUCACCAGCUACACCAACACGUUGUGUAUUUCCACACACCUGUCUACACUUGGCCAGUCGUAAUGGCCACAAACAAGUCGUAGAGGUUUUAUUAGGGGCCGGUGUAAAUGUCAACUUAUUAACGCCCUCGGGUUCGGCAUUACAUGAGGCAGCCUUAUGCGGCAAAGAGUCUGUGGUGCGUACAUUAUUAAAAGCCGGUAUUGAUCUUAAUGCCACAGAUGCUGAGGAGCGUACUGUUUUGGAUAUACUUAAAGAGUUUCCAGCACAUGUAACCAAACAUAUUAUCGAUGUUAUAAAUAACUUUCGUAAUCAAAUGGAUACGGAUGAUAGUGAAGAGGUCAUCUAUCGCCAUCAGCAACCAACACAGCUGGGUCAACGCAAUCAAACCUCUGGUGGUCAUCAUCAAAAGCAACAACAUAAUAAUCAUUAUCAUUUCAAUUCCAAUAAUCAUUUACUCAAUCAUUCGCUGUCGAUGCAACAAUCUUCCUAUAACAAGCAGAGAUUUAGUUCCGGUGCCACAUUCAAUGGUGGUGGCAAAUCUUUAGAUAGUGGUUUACAAUUAGAUGAAAAUUCUCCAAAUACGGGUGGUGGUGGUGGUGGGGCUGGUAAUAAUCGUUUCUAUCAUGACACUUUAAACUCACCUGUGCGUAGUCAAUCGAAUACUUCACAAAAUGAUAUGGGUGUUAGUCCUUCCUCAUCGAUGAGCAGUUUUGAACCAGCUUCAAUUUCACCCAGAUCUAGGUGCUCAACUGGAGGUGUUUCUAGUUUCGUGGGAAAUCCACCGCCUAUGAGCAGCUUUGGACCUGGGGGACCGCCUAAGAAACCACCACGACGUAAUCUAUCGGUAUCACCCACAAAUAGUGGACAACCAUUUAGUUACACUUCACCCAAUCAUCAACAGCAGAAUAACUAUGGCAGAAGACAAACCCGAAGUCCAUCAAAUGACAGUCCCUAUUCACAUCAAAGUCAUGGUAGUGUUGGAGGAAUAAGUUUUGAUGAAUCACAGCUAGCGGAGCGUCAAAGAGGAAAUCGUUUGUUUGCUAGUGCCCGGGAGACGGCACGGACAUCGGGGGGAAUAUCGCUAAGCUCAAGUACUGAUAUGUUGGAGAAGCGUCAUCAUAGUGAUGAUGUGGAGAAUUUAGUGCCAAAUUCAAAUCAGGAAAUCACCAAUUCAAUGAAGAGACCAAAACCAGCACCAAGAAAUAUAAAUAACAUUAAUGAGGUUACAAUAAGUAAUGAUAACGGUACACUGAAGUCAUACAAUCCAAAUCGUAAAUUAAAAAGGAAUCGUAAUAGCUACUCUAUAACUUUGGGUGAUAAAGAUGAAAAGGGAGAUGAAAAUAAGCCUCAAAUACCCAGAAGUCCUACUAACUAUAAACAACCACCCACACCCGAUCAUCCUCCUCCUUCUUCUAGUCAGGCCGAGAAAAUGAUACACGAACGCAUAAGACCUUUGAGUCAGGAAUACAAACGGCGAUCAGCACUUUUGCAAUUGCAAAAACAACAACAAUUAUUGGUGGAUAUGGGUACUUCACCCCUAAGGCAAAUAAAUAACAACAGCAACAACAAUAGCAAUAAUACUAAUCUAACAUCACACUAUGAUUACGCCUACAUACAACCUUCGCCCACUAAACUUAAUACCAACACUGUUUCAUCCAACAUCUAUUCCACUAUUGGAUCAGGAGGCAUUAGAGGUUCUAUGGGUUCCUUAAGUUCUAGUGUCUCCUUAUCUGAUCACAGUGGUUCCACCGAAAAUGUAGAAGAAUUUAUUGGCGACCAACCAUUUGCGGGCCUCCUAAAAGGUUCAGCUGCCCAUAGUAGUAAUAAACAAAAAAUUGAACCAGCAUAUGCAACGGUUAAUAAAACCUCCAAAAUUAACCCACCUCAAGUCCAACUACCACCACCUAGACCACAACAACAACUGCCUCCACAAGCUCAGGUGCCCGUUUACGCUACCAUACAUAAAAAACGGGGUAUAUCGACAACAGCUCAAGCUGCGGAACAGCAAAAUGUUAACAAGGCCAGACCUCCAAUACCAGCCAAACCCGUUGUACCCGAGAGAAGACUAUUCAAAGCCACAACACCACAACUGCCUACGGCAGAGCCCCAAGAAACAACGACUGACUGUAACAACGAAGCAGAAACUCUAGAUCAUGAAAUGAAAAAUGACACCGAAGACCUGUAUGAGGACAUAAUGGAACCAAAGACAAUUGUGGAAAAUAAUGUUAGUAAAAUAAACGAAGUCAAGCAAGAGUCUCAAGAGAAACCAAACAGUGAUAUUUUAAGUCAUCAAAGUUCCAUCAAUAGUUCUUCGAAUGAAGAACAAUCACAGUUGACUUCGUCACAACCUACUAAUGAAAGUUCCAAUGAAGAUACAAGUUCCAUAGCCAAUAACUCAACAACAUCACAUGAGAGCAGUAUACUAAGUCCUUUUAAUGCCGAAGAAGCUAGAAAGAAAAUUUCCGAAAUUCUAGAAUCCUUCGGCAGUAGUAUACUAAAUUCUGAUAUUUCUCCUACUAAUGAUUUGGAUUUCGAUGAUACUGAAAUACCAGCAGAGAGACAAGAACUUGUAAGUCGUUUAAGGAAAUCGGGUUUAAUGCAUUUGGAAAAGAAACUGUUCGAGCAGGGUUAUGAUAAUGUUAAAUUUAUGAAUGGUGUUUUCGAAGAAUCCGAUAUAGAGUUUUUAAAUAUAUCCCAGCAGGAUACUGCCAAAUUACUGAGGUUUAUAAAAACUUUACCUAAAGCCGAAUUUUUACCACAAGUUCCACAGAAAAAUCAACAGGAAAAUAAAUCUUUAACUGAACUGAAAGGUGUUUCAACUCUUCAACAAUGGCUUCAAAGCAUACAAUUGCCCCAAUACACUGAAUCGUUUAGCAAACAUCUUUACAACACUUUGGAUAGUGUUUGUGGCGUUUGGGAUGUGGAGUUACAAACUGUAUUGGAAAUCAAUAAACUGGGUCAUCGUCGUCGCAUUCUUCAAUCGAUAGCCUUUAUUAAAAAUAUGCGAGAACCCAAAUCGGCCAAAACUCCUCUGGCAGAAAACAAUGAGACCAAUAAGAUAUCUUUAAAUGUCAACACUAAAGAUGGCACUCAAAGGCAAUCGAUAACUGGUUAUCGUAAAAAUAGACCUGCUCCUCAACCUCCCAUACAGAAGGCAACACAACAAACACCUACAGCUCAGACAUCUUUGGAUAUACGUGCUCCUUCGGAAUUACUUUUAGGUUUACCUGACAAUUUGCGCACAAAAUGGAGGCAUUCUGCAAAUGAUUUGCUCAACGAACAAAUAAAAUAUGAAGUUUAUUAUUUAGGCUCAACGGUUGUGAAAGAAUUACGUGGCACCGAAUCGACACGCAAAUCCAUACAAAAACUAAAACAAGAUCAACAGCAUAAUACUACUGAUGCUGCUGCUGCUAACACUGCUACCAAUAUGUUAAUGUCUUCCCAGUCAGAAACCAAUGCUGCCCGUAAUCAAUCAUUUAAUAAACAAAAACGUAUACUAGUGUCAUUGGCCAUCUCGCACAGGGGUGUAGAGUUUAUAGAUGUGAACAGCAAGAACACCAUUUGUGAACAUGAAAUCCAAAAUAUAAAUUGUGCAUGUCAAGAUGCAGAAGAUCUAUGUCAUUUUGCCUAUAUUACCAAGGAAAAUGAUGUGCACUAUUGUCAUGUUUUUUAUGUAGAGAGUACGGACUUGGCUUCCGAUAUAAUAUUGACUUUGGGUCAAGCAUUUGAGGUGGCCUAUCAGUUGGCAUUGCGUGAUGGCAUUACAGCCACACCAUUGGCCUCUUUGAACAAUAGUAUACUACAAGGUCUUGAAUUUAAUAAACAACAGACAUCGAUCAAUACUAAAACUCAAGAAGCGUAAGAAGACCAAAAACUAUUUUUUUUUAAACUUAAACAAAAAACUAUAAAACUGUUUUUUUUUUUAAUUUAAAAUUGCGAUUUUUUUAGUUUUUAAUUUAAGUUAGUUAAGUAAGUCAGUGUUUUAUGAAACGAUAAAAACGGAGAAUAUAUAUAAAAAACAAACGGUUCUAGUCUUAAACUUAAAAGAAAACAAUAUAUAUACUUAACGAAAAAACAAAACAUUAUACAAAUGAAAAGAGUUU